AGCGAAUUAUAUAUUCGCAUAGGCCAUUUGUAGUGUUUUUCAGCUCAAAAUCAAAGCUUUUCUUCAUGGUUUUAUCUUGAGUUGAGUUUUAAUAAUCUUUACUCUCAUCCUUCUGGGUCGAACUUGUUUUAUCCGUUAGACAAACUUGUCUCUUGAUUUUGAUUUGGAAUCAAUCUUCGUCAAUCAUAAGCGAAGUAUCCAAGAUGAUCAAGAUUCAAGAUUUAGAUUAUCCUUUGGUGAUUCGUUGCAGAGCUUAGAGAAGUUGGAUAAAGCUCUACCGAUCGGAAAAGGAAACCUUGAAGAUUAACGUCAAUCGAAAGAUAUAUCACCGUCUCUUGCAUCUUGGUUCUCGAUGUAAUGGUGGGACGCUACGUGCCACUGCCACGCCUUUGGAAAUCCUUCACUCUUUGUUUCAGGUGGGUUUAUUAAAAGAAACUAUUUUGAGUUUGGACUGCUUGUAAUGUUGGGCUUGAUUUAAAUAAAACGAAAAAGUCUUGACAGUAAAAAAAAAAGGUUUAACAAUCCUCAACUCUUUCCACUUGUACAUAUCUCCCCUAAACCCAUUGGCGCCGAUAAUUAGGGCUUUUGAUUUUCUCCCCACCCAAAAAUACCUCCGGCCAUAAACCUCGGAGAUUCGUAUGAAACCAUGUACUUCGUUUCUCGGACGUUGACAAGAGCUCUCUGCUCCUCACUUCAUCACUCGAGAUCAGCCAAACUCCCGACUCGAAAAUGGAUAAUCUCUCACCAAAUCCGCUUAUACGCAGCCACCGGUAAAAUCACCCGCCCCGCGGCGGAAUCAUCAUCAUCAUCAUCAUCGGAGGAGGAAGAGUUGGCUCGGCCGACGAUGAUUGAGUACCAACCGGAAAUAGCGAAACAGGUUAACCUAACCGGAUUCGUGGAUCAACCGGUUCAAUUCAAGUCUUAUUCCGACGGAAAGUCCUGGGCUGGAACGGUUAUCUCUCAACGCUCCGGUUUAAAAUCUUCUGAUUUCUGGAUUCCGAUUAUAUUCGAAGGUGAUUUAGCUAAAAUAGCAGCUCACCAUGUAAAGAAAGAUGAUCGGAUUCAUAUCUCCGGCAAGCUCUUUAUAGACUCACCUCCUCCCAAUGUCACUUACCCUCAAUCCAACGUCCAGAUUAUGGUUCAGAAUCUCAACUUCGUUGAGGGUGCUGCGAUCCCACCACCCCAAAUUGAAGAAAUGAGCUUCCCACCAUCUGAGUUACAACAACUCAGCACCAAGAAACAGACUUCAAGAACAAUGAAGGUUCAAGUCAUGGUUGAAGAAAGCUCUGAUGAUUUGAAGCAUCUACUUGAAAAUCCUAAAGAGUUGUUGGAUUUGGAUUAUCCUGGGAGUAAAGACAGCGGAUUGGUAGACGCACCUGAGGCUGAAGAAAUCUGCAUCCCAUUCCCUGAAAUAGAAGAACUCACCACCAAGAAGCUGCCUGUCUUGGAUGAAGGGACCUCUAAUCCUUGGAAUCAUCUACUUGAAAAUCCUAAAGAGUGGUUGGACUGUCGUGGGAGUAAAGCCAGCGGAUUGGUGAAACCAAAACAUCCCGACUUUAAGGGCAAGGUUGGUGGUGGUCUUUCUCUGUGGCUUAACGAUGCUCCGGAUUGGGUUUUUCAAAAACUCGAUGAGCUUGAGUUUGAUGUUUUCCUCCCCAAAGGAAAAUUGAAACAACUAAAAGGAGAGGAAUUUUGGAAGGACUUGGUUCAGAGCCCUGAUAAUUGGUAUGACAACAGAUCAACAAAGACAAACGUGAAAGCCCCUGACUUCAAGCAUAAAGAGAGUGGCGAGGCACUGUGGAUGACUGACUCUCCUACUUGGGUAUUGUCAAAAUUACCGCCUCUAAAGAAGAAUCAAGAACAAGCCCUCAUGUCUAAUACUAUCUCAACGCCAACACCCAAACAAGUUAAAAGAGAGGAAUUUUGGAAGGACUUGGUUCAGAACCCUGAUAAAUGGUAUGACAACAGAUCAAGAAAGACAAACCCGAAAGCCCCCGACUUUAAGCAUAAAGACAGUGGUGAAGCACUGUGGAUGACCGACUCUCCUACUUGGGUACUGCCAAAGUUACCACCUCUAAAGACGAAUCAAGAACAAUCUGUGAUGGCUAAUACAGUCUCCCAGCCAACAUUGAAUAAACAUAACAGAGAAGAGCUUUGGAAGGACUUGGUUCAGAAUCCAGACAAAUGGUGGGACAACAGACUAAAAAAGACAAACAAGAAAGCUCCCGACUUCAAGCAUAAAGAGAAUGGUGAAGCUCUGUGGAUGGAUAAUUCUCCAACUUGGGCACUGUCAAAGUUACCACCUCUAAAUCAAGAAACACCAGUCAUGACCUAAGUUCGUUUUGCAGCCUUAUUGAAACAAAUACCAUGUUGAUUUUGGUCACCCACGAUGUAAAAAGGGCGUAUUACUGUAGUUCUAAAUCUUUAAACUCUAAUUGGCGGAUUAACUCAAUGUUCCUGAGUUAAUGAGAGAUCAUCAGAAGUAACAACAUUA